CAGCGCCUGUGAGACUGGUAACCCAACCCCACAGCCCGCGCCGACCACUCUAUUGUGACUGCGGUGUGAGCUGUACGGCAGUGAUCUAAGUGCCUGCAUCAGACACGGACGGAGUACGGGCCGGGUGGCGAUAUCUCAAUCUAGGAUUAUACCCGGGGUGAUGAAAAUGGCAUCUCUACUGUGUGAGACGGUGUUGGUCUUCCUCGCCUUGAUACCAGGAAUCACAGCGCAAACCAGUGAUGUCAACUUCCUCAUCGCCAGCUGCACAGUGGCCAUCCUCCUCUUCAUCAUCUGUAUAGUAAUGGGAAUCAUCUUUUACAACUGUGGCGCAAUUUACAAAUCCUUUGGAUAUGAAAAAAUACCAAAGCAUGAACUGAAGAGAAUCGAAGUGAUGAAGAAAUUGAGCCGCCAUUCGUCCGAGCAAUACCUGAGUCCCCAGAUCAUCACAGACAGAGGUUCCUGGAUUCAAAGAUGGAGUGAUGAUCACGUAGAAGAGAGGGAUGCGGUGAUGCAGUUAGGACCUGAAGCUCCGGAGCCUGAAUAUCGGAUCGAGACGACACUGGAGGACAGCGUCACCGAUAUCGACGUCCCCGAAGGCCUUUACGCCAGCGUUAACAAGUCCGGCAUCGUACGACAGUCAUCGUCCAGUGGAAAUGAAGCUGCCACCGGCAGCGCCGUCCUGAGAGACUGCACGGCACUGCUGUGAUCCGGAGCCGACCAGGCUUGAGGUCAUUGUCACAAUGUCACGUGCAUCAUUAGCCAAGCAUCGUGAAAGAAACAUAUCUCCUGACCACCACCGUCCAGCCUUUACUGUACCGCUGACGUCACUUUGUCACCAGCUGCUGGGAAAGUACUGGAUCCUACCCGAUAUGUGCUGACGGGUGGAGCUUAGUUUUCUGGAAAUGUUUUCAAAGUUUUUUCUUCCAUUGAUUAUACAUAUGUACAUAUGGUUGCCAUAUACAUGCGGGAUAGCGUACUCUUUGAUUGUCAUGGUGGUUCGUAGAUACGUUACAUAUUCUCUGACUAUAAUCAUGUUUACAUAUGAAUAUUGAUGCAUGUACGACGGACGUCACACAGUGCCAAAUAGAUAACUGUACCGUCAAUGUAGAACGUCAUCUCUCCUGACUGUACUUGGUAAACCUUCGUCUGUAGGUGAGCAGUUUGUGCCAAUCUAUCGAUAAUGGCUUCUAUUUAAACAGCAUUACGCGUGACCUAAAACAAGAACGGUUCUCUGUUCUUUUCUCAGUUCAACGCCAGACGGUAUCCUCACAAAGGUGUUGAGAUUGCUUUUCUGGGGGUGGGGAUGGGGUUCGGGGGUGGGGGAGGGUUGGGAUGCUCACGAGCUUUGGACUACUACGUCACAGCACUACAUGCGCGUGGUAAUGUCACGCUGUUUCCAUAUACGCAAUAAAGCAAUAGAGUCAGUGACACAUUUUGUAUUUUGUUUUAGAUAAGAAUGUAUAAUAUAUUUCCGUUGACGACCACGUCGGUUUAUCCUGUUGAUAGGUCAGUGAAUAUGUUUGUUAUGCUGACGCUGAACGUAUCAACAGGUCAAAACAGUAUUCGUUGUAUGUGAUAAGAUGCUGCAUUCUGUCCGGAUGCCUGUCUGUGAAGGAGACAUGACGUGUGUGACUACAUUGGACAGAUCCUCUACUGCAGCGAGGGACACGGCUGUAAUAACAAUACGUAUUGCUUGCAACAGUCUCUACCGUUUGUGAACAGUCCAUGUGGACAUUGUAAACAGAUUGUGUACAUUUUGUGUACGGAUUGUAAACAGUUUAUGUACGGAUUGUAAACAGUUUAUGUACGGAUUGUAAACAGUUUAUGUACGGAUUGUAAACAUUUUGUGUACGGAUUGUAAACAGUUUAUGUACGGAUUGUAAACAGUUUAUGUACGGAUUGUAAACAGUUUAUGUACGGAUUGUAAACAGUUUAUGUACGGAUUGUAAACAGUUUGUGUACGGAUUGUACAGUUUUUGUACGGAUUGUAAACAGUUUAUGUACGGAUUGUACAGUUUGUGUACGGAUUGUAAACAGUUUAUGUACGGAUUAUAAACAGUUUAUGUACGGAUUGUAAACAGUUUAUGUACGGAUUGUAAACAUUUUGUGUACGGAUUGUAAACAGUUUGUGUACGGAUUGUAAACAGUUUAUGUACGGAUUGUAAACAGUUUAUGUACGGAUUGUAAACAGUUUAUGUACGGAUUGUAAACAGUUUAU